ACGCCGAUCAGCCCAGAGUCAAAGUCCGACCUGCCAUGCCUGCCAGAGUGUAAGUUGCACCCGUCCCACCCUGCCAACCUGGCUGACACCUCGCCAGGACCAAUUGCCUAUCUUGCAACACUGACCAACCUGUCGAACAAGUUUCAAGGUUACAGUGCGGUCACAAAAUGUGCGAAAGCUGCUUGAAGCAUAAAUUCGAAUUGGCUUGCAAAAACCCACAAUACAUGCCUCCGACGUGCUGUACUGACGAGGCUAUUCCAUAUGACUACGUUGAACCACUGUUUGACACAUUGUUCAAGAAGGCCUUUUACCGCACAUCACGGGAUGCGGCGACGCCAAGUCGGCUAUACUGUCCUUCAAGAUCAUGUGGCGAGCACUUCGUCCCGAAGCUCGUCAAGAGCGACGGCGUCCGGAACAGCACCCGUUGCGACGUAUGCAAUCAGAAGAUUUGUCUCUCUUGCAACAGCAAGUGGCACACUGCGCCUGACUGCCAAGCCGAAGCCGCUGGGCCCAAUCACGCGAGGCACCCUCGGGAUGCGGGACGGCAGAGAUGCCCACCCAGCAUCACCACCACCGGCAACAAGCAAUACUACGCUGACAGGAACGUUGCUGAUGAGGAAUCAGAAAGCGACGAUGACCCUCCUGUAAGACAAUUUGCGGGGCGCCGGGAUGCCAGGCCUCGCGUAUAUCACGCAGAACCCACGCGCCAACGCAAAGUGCAAGACAACUAUGACGAAGACCUGGCACGGCAGAUGGAGUUAGACAUGGCAUUAGAAGAUACAGACGAUGAUAAUGAAGAAUACGACAUUACGGUGGGCCGAGUGGACCGAGAUGGUCUAGGUAUUUCGUCAGGCCGUCGACGCAACACGCAUUACAGUCACAGCAGCGGGCGAAACAGAACCCAGCCGCGCGAAUCGCCUCCAGUCCAUGAGCCCGGCUACAAGACACCUCCGCGAUCCGUCUAUGACAGAGGCAACUAUGUCUCGGAAACCGGACGCGCCAGAGGAUUGAGGAGCGACUCGUUCAGGGAGGGUUCGAUGGAGCGACGCCUCGCGCAAAGACUAUCUGAGCCGCGGCCCAACGCAGGCCCGCCCAUGGGGUUCCCUCCAGGUCCGCCCCAUGGUGGUCCUGCGGGCAUGAUGCCGCAGGGUGUACCGCCUCCUCCAAUGGGACCUACGCCCUAUCAUCAGCCUCACCAGAUGCGCAUGCCCCUGGGUAGUGUGCCCCUGACGAGCAGCCCUCCUAUGAUGUCUUCUCCUCCACACCCGUUUGGCAGCUUCCCACCGCACCCGUCACAAGCGAUACACUACCAGCCACCGCCGGCGAGAAGCAUGAUGUCCGACUACGAUCACGGCGGUAGUCCCAGAAGCAGCACCGGGCCGCGGUCGUCGUCCAUGGCGGGCUUGAGCUCGCACGGCGGUGAGGGCAAAAGCAGGGUGCACGAAUGGCGCAGGCAUGUGGACGUCGGUGUGGCGGCUCACGAGGAGUACACUGUCCCAGCGACGAUUCCGGAGGAGCGGAUGAUUUCCGGGUGAGGUGAUGGUUUCUCGGUGUGGUCAUCUACUCGCUGCUAUCUUGCUCUUGUGUUAUCUGCUUCUUGCUCCUUGUGCAUUAUGAUGAAUACGACGUUAAUGAUCUGUGCAAUGUGCGGCCAUGUGACGUGAUGUGCCGAGGUGGAAUGGUUGAGUCUGUUGCCUUCGCUAUGCCAGUGCUGAAGAGCCAUUGUCCAGAACUUGUGUACAGGAGUUAGGCGCUACAUCGUAGGAGGACGAGGCUGAUCGCGGGCCUCG